UUGAAGUGCAAAAGUAAAACCUAAUCCAAUUCCCAAUUUACUACACAUUUUGAUGCAGAUCGAAAAGGUACAACUCAUCCAAGCGCGGGGAACAACACGAAACACUUGUCACGAAGCACGGAAACUGCACCUGAGCAUCUCGGAGUCGUGGCAAACCGCAGCACACCUGUUGCCUCGCGAGGAAAAACACGCAGUCGAGCUUGUUUCCGAGGCUCAUGAAACAAGAUCAGACGCUCGAUCCUCUGGUGAUCAGGAAAGAGUGGCGACAAGGAAGCACAAGGCCGAGGCCAAAACAAGCGAAGGGGGAUCCGAUCAUUGGGCAAAGAGGGCCAAAACCGAGGCUGAGGAGAGAGCCGAGGAUGUGAAGAAAGCAAAAGCCAAGGGUAAGGAGCAAGCCGAGGAUGUGGAGAAGGAAAGAAGCAAGAACAACAAGGGAGAGGAAAAUAAGAAUGAGAAGUCUACUGAGGAGAUCAUAGCAGAGUUUGAGAAGUUUUGUAAAGCCAUGAGCGAGCAUCUGUCACUUCGGCAGAUGCGUGUGAUUCUGGAGGCAAAUGGCGGAGUGAAUGAUGUUGUAGUCCCUGGAUGUCAAGAUGUUCUAUGUUGUGGGACGUUAGACAAUUGUCCUGCUUGUGGUGGCACUUUGAAGAUGUCCUAGAGGAACUUUUCAAGUUCGGAUGUAUAUACUGUUCAAAUCGGUGAAGGUUGGGGGAAGGUUGCCAAAUCGGUGAUGGGCUCGUUUAUGAUACUGUUCACCUGUCUUUGGUACUAAGCAGCUUAGGGUGUGUGCCACUUUACAGGGGCGAUUUUCCUGGUUGUGUCUCCAGCAGUUGAGUGGGAACGUGGUGGCCGACUGAGGCAAUGUGAGAAUUGCUGAGCCUUUCAUUGUGUUUAUCUCCUGGUAGGACUUGGGAGUUCAGGGGAUUUGAUGCUGGUGUUUGGCUUCAGAUCAAUCAUUCUGAGACAUGAUUUCAUGGACAGGGGAAUACACUUGAAGAGAUGCAAGAGCUAUUUCUCAGACUCUUGCUUUAUUAUCAGGAUGAUAGUUGGUAUUCUGACUGUGUAUGAUGAUAUGACCGAUUGAGGAUAUUCUACCGGAAUUAGCACAUGCACAAAGGAUGAUGCUACGAUCCUCUCUUUGAUCGGUGUAAGAAGUUGGGUUGCUCUGUCUCUCCAGUUGAAUAUAGACACUGACAAGUGACAACUACAAGAUGGUUGCCAAUUUGUUGCAGACGUUUGCCUUCAUUUUGUUACUGGUGGGAGUUGCAUCAUUAGGUGAAGUUGUUACAGAGCUAACUGGUGCUCAAGAGGCACGUGGAUUAAUCACUAAUCUCAUCGGCACAUUCAUGUUUCAUUCUUAUCAAGGUAUAAUUGUCCAGCCAACAUGAUACGGGCUCUGCAAAAUGACGCAGCAGAGCUGGAAAAGAAGAAACGCGAACUGGACGAGUCAGAGCAUUCUACCUCAAGGUGAGCAUAACGACAGCCUGCUCGAGUACAAUCAAUACGCUAUCCACAACCCAAAGCAAGUGAUGGGCCGCACACUACAUACUGAAUAUAGUCGAAUAUAAUUUCAUAUGGCGCUUAUUGUUCAGGUUCGUAUAAGGUCCAUAGUAGCUGAAGUUCGAGGAGACAGAUAUUGAGUACGAAACUGCUUCGCCCUGGCUGCUGCCAGAGUCUGAAUUGCGCUAGCCGUUCCUAACUAUUGAAGUACAUGGUUUUGUUUCUUCCCUUUGGACGAGGAGCGAGUACAUUAUGGGAGUGAUAGGAGUGGACAAAGUGGAUAGUUCCUUUGAAUCUCACUCUUGGAAAUAUGUUCCCUUUUCUUUUCAAAGAACUUGACAUAAGUUGAGAGGUAUUAUCUGGAAGAGCUGGUAAUUGGUAUGAAUCAUCAAUCAUCAAUGCUGCUGUUCAAUAAUUUGAGAUGAUUCAUGAUUACUUGUGAAAAAGUAGAUUCCCUUUCCUUUUUCAACUUCAAUGUCUUGUUUGAUCAAACACAUGAUCAAUCAGGCACAA